AUGAGUUGCCAAUCUUUUACUUCGGCUGAUACCUUUAUACCUCUGAAUUCUGACACUUCUGCAACUCUUCCUCUGAUAAUGCAUCACAGCGCCGCGGAGUGUCUACCGGUCUCCAACCACACCACCAACGUGAUGACCACAGUCCCAUGUAUUUUGUCUUUGAUCCGAACUCCUAAAUAUUUGCACGUAUAUUUCCCGGUGACCACGUUGGGAAACCCAGCAACGGGACUACAUUAUUCUGUGCCUUCUUGCCACUAUGGAAGCCAGCCAUCAACCUAUGGAGUGAUGGCAGGCGGGUUAACCCCGUGUCUUUACAAGUUUCCGGACCACAGCCUGAGUCAUGGAUUUCCUCCGCUACACCAGCCCCUGCUGGCGGAAGACCCCACAACCUCGGAAUUCAAGCAGGAACUCAGGAGGAAAAGUAAAUUGGUUGAAGAGCCAAUAGAUAUGGAUUCUCCAGAAAUCCGAGAACUUGAAAAGUUUGCCAAUGAAUUUAAAAUGAGAAGAAUCAAGUUAGGAUACACCCAGACAAAUGUUGGUGAAGCCCUGGCAGCAGUUCACGGCUCUGAGUUCAGUCAAACAACGAUCUGCCGAUUUGAAAACCUGCAGCUCAGCUUUAAAAACGCAUGCAAGCUGAAAGCAAUACUGUCCAAGUGGCUUGAGGAAGCCGAGCAAGUAGGAGCUUUGUACAAUGAAAAAGUGGGAGCAAACGAAAGGAAAAGGAAACGCAGAACAACUAUAAGUAUUGCAGCAAAAGAUGCUCUGGAGAGACACUUUGGAGAACAGAAUAAACCUUCCUCUCAGGAGAUCAUGCGGAUGGCUGAAGAACUGAAUCUUGAAAAAGAAGUAGUAAGAGUUUGGUUUUGCAACCGAAGGCAGAGAGAAAAACGGGUGAAAACAAGUUUGAAUCAAAGUCUGUUUUCUAUUUCUAAGGAGCAUCUGGAGUGCAGAUAAAAUUUUCUAUCGCAUAGUAGCCAUUUUCCCCACUGUUUUUCCUACCUUUUUCUUCUCCAACAAAAGCGAAGAAGUUCCUUGGCUGGAUUUAAAAAAAAAUUUAUACAAUAACUUCUAGUAUAACUGUUUUUAUUUUAAAAAUCCAAGUUUAAAUUAUAUUAUUUUAAAAGUAAUUAUUCUCAGAAGCCAGAGUAUAUUUUAAGCCAAAGAUACUAAAUGGAGAAAACCCGUGCACCUCCCCUACCCCACCCCUACCCUCAAACACAAGCAUGAUAUGCACGUGGAGCUUUUAGUUUAAAAUUCCUUUUCUACAGCCAUUUUUAAAACACUUUAAUCAGUAAUUUAAUGUAAUUAAGGAAUGUCACAAGGUAGAUUCGAUUAGAACUCUCAUUAAUCAAUGUUCUGCCUAUCAUUAACUCUAAUAGUUUGCUUGUGUUAAAAGUUUUGAACUUGGAGGUGUCUUAGAAUUUUAUUAUUAGAACUCUAAUCAUCAGAAUUGAUACCUUUGAAGUUACUAUUCAGGACACAGAGCCCAUGGUACUUCAAGAGAUCUGCGAAAACCCUUCUGUAUAACCUGUUUCUUCUCCAGUAUUAGCUUUUUGAUGUUUAGCUAUAGAAAAUAUGUAGGCUGGAUGUAUCAGCCAAGUGCUUGUGAGCAUGUACCAGGCCUCGGAUUAAAUGCCCCGCACUAAAAUGAAUACAUAAAUAAAUAAAAAAUAAAUCAUGAUCCAUUAUAAAUAAUAAUAAAUAAUAAAUAAAUUAUUCAUGUGCCCGAAACUAUUAGUUAAUAAGCUGCAACAGAGGAAAACAACUGGAUUGUCUGCUGUUAGUUCUCCAAGGUGGAGGAGUUUCCACUCACUGCAGACAUGCACAGUUAAAACUAUGUUUUAAAACACAGUUUACUUUUAAAAUCGCAAAAUCUAAAACAUUAUUUUG